AUGGAGGAGACGGGGAGGAAGAGGGAGCGCUUUUUGCUCGAGUAUGGGUAUUUGUUUGAGGCGCUGCUGCCGGAGAGUAAUUAUAUUGCGAAGCUGAGGGCGAAAUAUGCGGCUAGGAACGAGAAGGUGGAAGUCCCGAGUGCCAAUGGCAUGCCGGAGGUUACAGAUAAGGUUGAGGUCGAGGUCGAGGUCAGAGGCGAAGAUAAGCCCGCGGCCGGAGCUGAGGUCGAACCAGAGGCCAAGCCUGAACUCAGAACUGAAAUCCAAGUCGAGGACAAAUCCGAGGUCACCACCGAAGUUGGGGCCGAAGUCAAGGCCGCGGGUUCCGAGCCCACAGCAGUACCAAUUGAACUCGCCGCUGUCCCAUACAAGCUGCUCGAGAAGCAGCCUCCCAACGUCACCGCCACCAUGAAAGGCUACCAGCUCUCCGGCCUCUCCUUCCUCGUCUGGCUCUACAAUAACGGCUCCUCCGGCAUCCUCGGUGACGAAAUGGGGCUUGGCAAAACGCUCCAAACCCUCUCCCUCUUCUCCUACCUCACGACCUUCCACCCCUGCCCCGCCGACCAGCAGCGCCCCUUCCUCGUCGUCUGCCCCCUCUCCGUCGUCUCCUCCUGGGUCUCCGAAUGCAAAAAGUGGACCCCCCACCUGCGCGUGCUGCGCCUCCACGGCCCCGCCGAGGAGCGCGACCGCCUCAAGAAGGUUGCGGAAACGGGCGAGACCUUUGGCCUCGACGCCGACGACGACAGCGAGCGCGGGUACGACGUGGUCAUCACCAGCUACGAGGUUUUCGAGCGCGAGAAGCAGUGGUUCCGCCGCGCGUUCGUCUGGCGCUAUGUAGUCCUCGACGAGGGCCACAAGAUCAAGAACGAGAAGACCAACGUUGCCUCUGCGCUGCAGGGGCUAAGCGCCGAGUAUAGGCUGAUCCUCACGGGCACGCCGCUGCAGAAUAAUCUCACGGAGCUGUGGGCGCUGAUACAUUGGCUGUUCCCGGAGGUGUUUAACGUCAACACGAGCAAAGUGUUCUCGGACGCGUUUGACCUCACGGCGGGGAAGAAUGAUCUGAAGGUGAUGGAUAACGCGAGGAGGCUGCUGGAGCUGAUCAUGCUGCGCAGGAUGAAGGAGAGUAAGGGCGUGAACCUGGGGCUGCCGAAGAAGACGGAGGUGAUCCUGUAUCUGCCGCUGGUGCCGAUGCAGCGGUUCUGGUACAAGCGGCUGCUGACGAGGCUGGACAAGGGCGUGCUCGAGCAGGUGUUUAAGGAGGCGAAGGAGAAGGCGAUCGAGGAGGAGAAGGAGGCCGAGGACCAUGGGAAGGGGAUUGUGGCAGAUAAGGAUCUGGAGAACUUGGGCGUGGGCGAUGAGCAGUGGGGCGAGACGAGGAUGAUUGUCGAGAAGGCGAUUAAGGAGAAGCAGGGCACGCAGUGGCAGAAGCUGAUGAAUCUGUUGAUGCAGCUGCGGAAGUGCUGUUCUCAUCCAUACCUCCUACCCAACGCUGAACCGUCCCCGCCCAUAAACGGCCCACAUGUCAUCCUGGCGUCGUCAAAGUUCAUCCUCCUCGACAAGCUGAUCGACGAGCUGUGCCUCAAGCGCGGCCAAAAGGUCCUGCUCUUCUCCGGCUUCACCAAGAUGCUCGACAUCUGCGAGGACCUGAUGCAGCUCAAGGGCGGCGACGGCACCAAAUUCAAGUACGGGCGCCUCGACGGCAUGACCGCGCGUGCCCGCCGGAAUCUGGCGAUCCGCCUGUUCAACAACGACCCUGACUACAAGGUGAUGCUGAUCUCGACGCGCGCCGGCGGCCUGGGUAUCAACUUGGCGAGCGCGAGUAACGUGGUUAUGCUAGAUAGUGAUUGGAACCCGCAGGCCGACCUGCAGGCACAGGCGCGUGCGCACAGGAUCGGGCAGACGCAGGAGGUCACGGUGUACCGGCUCAUCACGCAGGGCACGGUGGAGGAGCAGAUGAUGGGGCGCAUCCGCAAGAAGCUGUAUCUGUCCGCCAAGGUCACGGAGUCGAUGCGCGACAUCCACACAUCGACGUCGUCGGUCAAUGCUACGUCCAGCGCAGAGGACAACAUGCCGAACCUGACCACCUCGCAGCUCAUGAGCCUUGUGCGCUCGGGGUCGCGGGCCAUCGCGCGCGAGGAGAUCGACCCGACGGAGAUGCUGAAGUGGGACUGGGCGACCACGAUCCAGAAGUGCACGGAGUACUCGCAGAAGCUGCAGCACGAGGAGACCGCGCAGGAGGCGGCCGACAACGAGGACGAGGAGAAGCGCUGGCUCUCGGAGAUGGAGAAGGUCGAGACGCGUGUCUUCGAGGGCAAGAACCACGUGCGCAACACGCAGCGCGACAGCAACCACGAGAUCUCGGCCGAGUGGACGCGCGAGUCGCGCCGCCUGGGCAUGGAGCGCGUGGUGAUGGUGGACGGGCACCCGGUGCUCAAGGAGACGAUCGGCAACAACGCCUGGGAGGCGGUCGCCACAAUGGCCGGCAAGGACCCGCGCUUCGCCGAGCCGCCCAAGCGCAAGCGCAAGGCGAUGGAGCACCAGGACUACUGCCAGAUCUGCUACGACGGCGGCGAGCUGAUCCUCUGCUCGGGCUGCCCGCGCACCUACCACUACGGCUGCCUCCCGCGCGAGUUCCAGCUCAAGAGCAAGAGCAAGAUGGGCCAGUUCUACUGCCCGCAGCACCAGUGCGCCGACUGCGCGCAGAAGACGACCAACGCCGGCGGCAUGCUCUUCCGCUGCCGCUGGUGCCCGAACGCGUACUGCGAGGACUGCAUCGACUUUGACCGCGUCGACCUGCUGGGCGAGAGCCUGCUCGAGUACGAGAACCUGGGGCUCGAGCCCAGCAGCCAGGCCUUCUACGUCAAGUGCGAGAGCUGCAUCGAGUACCACGCCGACGACGAGGAGAGCCGCCGCGUGUGCGAGGAGAUGGAGAAGGAGUGGGCGCAGAUUGGCGAGGUGAUCCGCAUCCAGGAGGCCGAGGCGGCGGCGAAGGUUGCGGCGGCGACGGAGCUCGAGGAGGUCGCGGAUAUGACGGAGGGGACGACGGCGCCCGGGUCUGAGGGCGUGCUGACGCCUGCUGAGGUGGAGUUCGAGCUGGUUGCGACGCUGGGCGUGACGGCGCUUGGGAAGGGGAAGCGGGGGAGGAGGAAGACGGUGGAGGUGGCGACGCCGGAGGUGACGGGGGGAAGGGGGCUGAAGAGGAAGAAGGCGGUGGCGGCGUCGGCGGCGGCGGCGGGGAGCGUGGGGAGGGUGAAGAAGGUGAAGGUGGGGGAGGCGUGA